AUGCGUUCAUGCAUUGGGAAGAGCGUUCAGCUCCUCCAACGUCAGGGAAUAUCUGAAAUUUUUGUUGACCCGUUGACAAACGCGGAAGCGGCCUCUGAAGCAGCCCACUUAGCGGUCUUUCGUUUUGACGAACUCAAAAGCCAUGCCAAGCAGUUACUCAAGCCGACCAUCUCGUGCUUCACCGCUCACCUGGACAAUGAUCCCGAUGGAUUUUCCGCAAAAGAAAAACUCCUCGCUUCCUGGGAUCGCGGUCGCAUUCUGGCCCAGUCACAAAACCUCGCUCGCCGGUGGAUGGAGAUGCCGGCCAACCUCAUGUCCCCCAAAAACUUUGCCUAUUCCAUCCAGGAGACCUUCGCUGGACUGCCCUCCCACAACGAUGUCACCACCAGGGUCACUGUCUACGACCACGACUGGUGUGAGCAGAACAAAAUGGGGGGAAUCCUGGGUGUGGGUGCCGGCUCUUCCAGGAAACCGGUUUUUGUGGAGAUUGAGUAUAUUGGAGAUCCGUCCAGACCCAAAGGCCACAUCGCUAUCGUUGGCAAAGGUGUGGUUUUCGACGCCGGUGGUGCUGCGGUUGCUGCAUCUGUUGUCUACGGCCUUGCCAAACUCAAGUCCCCCAUAAACGUUCGUGUUUACCUACCCUUGGUCGAAAAUAUGCCCGGUGGGUCAGCCAUGCGACCCGGCGAUGUCAUCAAGAUGGCCAAUGGAAUGACCGUGCAGGUAACGUGGUUUUAA